AUGGCUUCCAACGACGAUAGCCGCUCCACCGACAAUAAGGCUUCCAUCGCCCUCCUGCGCCGCGUCCGCGCCGGAGACCACGUCCACUUCGUCCAUCACGUCGAUGUCUGUGAUGCCGUUCCCGAGGUUCUCGUCGCCGACCUGGAGCCGGUGCCGGGCACCGGUGCCGAAGAUGACGGCUACAGCAGGAUCUGGUACUUGUACCACGCCAAGAAAUACAAGAACACCCGAGGCGACACCAGCGGCCACAGGCAGCGCGCGGUCACCGGCGGCGGCGGCACGGGCUGGCACUCGGAGAUAAGGCGCAAGGACGUCCAGGGAUCCGGUGGCGGCACGUUCUGCACCUUCUCAUACGGCCGCAAGACGGAGCCCUCCGCUCGAUCGAUCGACAGGAUGGGGUGGUGCAUGGUGGAAUACGACUUCGUCGCCGCCGACAAGAAACAAGACGAAGCCGCCGCCGACAGCAGCAACUACGUGCUUUGCAAGACGGCCAAGAAGAGGAAGGCCGGCGGCGGUGAGCACCCCGAGGCGCCGCCGGCCAAGUCGAUCCAGCAGCAAGAACAGGUGCAGCAGGAUACUACCGCCUGCUAUCAGCCACAAGGCGUGGAGUCGGAGCACGGCGGCGACUUCAACUUCAACAUCGAGGACAUAAACUUCUACGUCGACGAGAGCAUGCUGCGAGACAAGCCAGAGCAGGGACUGCAGCAGCCAAUCGCCGAGCCGGAGACUGCCGUGCAACGACAGUCUGAGCACGAAGAGUUCACCGUGGAGUGGUUAUUGCGAGGUGAGCCGCAGCAGCCGAUCGUCGAGCCGCCGCCGGGGCAUGGCGGCGAGUUCAUCCAGAUGCCGUGCGGUCUGUUGGUGCCCGUGGUGGCGGAAGCCACCGUCGACGAUAUGCUCGGGCUCGGCCCGGAGACAAUGUACGGCCAGUGGAGCGGUGGCAUGACAACAGCAACAAGCAUACCAUGGAGCAGCUACGCGCCGACGACGUUGUACACAGGAUGCAGCAGCCUUCUUCAAGGAUCUGAUCCCCUCCAGCUUCCAUAUCUGACGUGUUGA